CUGCGGAAGCGCAUUGCUGUGGCUGGAGCGGGGGGUUUGUGUUCGGCCGCAGCCACAGUGGUGACGUGCUCGAAGGUGAUCACGCCAAUCGGGAGACCAGGUGUUGGUUAACCUCCUGAGUGGACUGGAAUUUCAAUGCCUCGAAGCUGAUUUCGGACUUUUGUGGUGACGACGUCGCGCGGACGUAGAAAUUGUAGCUCAGUAGCCUGUUUCUCAAGCUUCGGCGCAGUGGCAACUUUCUUUCGGAGAAGAUUCUCGAGGUGUAGAGCGUACCGCAGCUGGAAAAAUCUGCAGUGGGAAAUCAGUGUGAUUGUUGGGGAGUUUGUAGAAUUCGGUGCAUGUGAAGUUGCAUGGUUGGGCUCACCAUGGCCGCCACCAUAGCCAGCUCGUUGCAAGCAGCACUCAGCGGCGCUGGACAGGUUAGAUUGAAGCCAAUUGAGCAGGUGCAAUGUUACGACUUCAUCGCAUGUUCUCAUUGGAAAACAAGGGCUUCGAAUUCUGCAGAGUCGUUGCACCAAUGUGAGAAUCUUUCGGUGUCCAUGAACUUAGCAGAAUUUAGAGCACCAAAGAACAGCUUGAGAAGAGACGGGCAAUCCGUGAAGUCGUACGCUAGUCCUAGAGCUGGCCCAGUGGGUAAUGGAGUUAGUGCCAGCUCCUCCAAAGACACCGCGAUUCUGUGGUUCAAGCAUGAUUUACGUCUGGACGAUCAUCCGGGUGUGGCUGCCGCUUCUGCGUACAAGCGUGUGCUUCCCGUCUACAUUUUUGAUCCAUAUGUCUGCGCCGGUUGGUCGAAGGAGCUGCUAGAAAGCUUGUGUGAUGCUGUUUCCGACCUUCGAAAGGAGCUGCGAUUGCUCGGCUCUGAUCUGAUCGUGUUGACGGCACGAACUGAACAUGUGUUAAGUCGUCUCGCUCAGAAGAUCGGAGCAACGAGUAUUAUCACUGAGGAGGAAGUUGAAUCCACUUGGCAACGUACAGUCCACUCGGUUCUCGAAUCCUUGGAGAAGGAGGAACCAUCAUCGAUUUCCGAAACCAAACUUGAGCUUGAUCAAUGGAGCGCGCCGCUAUAUGACACUCCAGAAUCUGCGUCCAUACCCGACAAUUACCAGGCGUUCCAACGUAUCGGCCUUCGAACUCUUGCCCCGCUGCCUUCACCGGCCAAAUUCCCGGGUCUACCUGAGGGUCUGACAGAUACAGGCUCCUUACCAGAUUUCAAGGAGUUCACUGAGAGUGUCGAAGCCAUUCGAAGAAAAAAUCCGUGGUGGGAAACCUUAAAAGCAGCUCAGUCGCAACCAGGUGAAAGUCUGCUUCCGCAGGCCAGCAACCCAUCGUCAAGCAAAAACGGCGUCUCGUCAGCUGAGUACAGUCCCUUCAAAAGUGUAUUGAAGUGGCGAGAUGAGUAUAUUCUGGAGGGCCCUCAAGCGUCCUUGUUGAAGAAGCAGGGCCUAGAUGUAGAGGAGGAGGAGGUGAUCGGGGAGUACUUCAUCAAAGGGGGCGCUACCGGGGCGUUGAACGUCCUGCAAGGAUAUCUGAGAUUUCUGGAGCCAACAAAUAGAGAUGAUUACAAAGCUGUAUACGAACACAUAUGGGAGAUGGAGAAGAAGCCCGGUGCCUCCUUCCGAAAACUGUUCGCUAGCUCGUUGGCUUUAGGAACAAUUUCACGGAGAAGAGUGAUAUUUGAGGCGCUGCAGUAUGAGAGAGAUCGAAACGGUGGUCGUUUGUCUCCAUUCGGCUUCUCAACUUUUACAGUUGGAAACGCAGUUGGUGACGUCAAGGCUAUGGAGUGGUUCGACCUGUUGCAGAGAAAGAGCGAACUGCAAGCGAGUGAGAAGGGCUUUCAUGUCAGUGCGUGGCGAUGGAAGGGCUAUCACAUUCAGUACUCGGCGAUGGGAAAUGAAGAUGGGCCUGCAGUGCUUCUGGUGCACGGAUUUGGAGCGUUUUGGGAACACUAUCGUGAUAACCUCCGCGGUCUGGCGAAUAAAGGCUAUCGGGUAUAUGCUUUAACCUUGAUAGGCUUCGGCCGCUCUGAGAAGCCCAACAUGACCUACACGGAGCUUGUGUGGGCGGAGCUUGUGCGCGACUUCAUUGUGGAGGUUGUGAAACAGCCUGUCGUCUUGGCUGGAAAUUCGAUCGGGGGUUUCACAACCACUGUUGUGGCAGGCUUGUGGCCCUCUUUAGUGUCAUCGUUGGUGUUGCUGAAUACUGCCGGCAAGGUGAUCCCAGAUUACAAAGGUCUCACUUACCAGAAGCCGGGAGAGAGCUCUCCAAUAGCGAAGCCGUUGUCGAAGUUGCUAUUAUUCUACCUACAGAGCUCGAGCGACAAAUUGCUUACGAGGUGCUAUCCGAAACAACCAUCAAGAGUAGACAAGUGGCUGCUGGAAGAAGUAAAGCGCGGUUCGUAUGAUCCUGGUAAUACAGCUGUGUUGGAGAGCGUCUUUCUCUUGAAAGCGCCGUUGCCUCUCAACUUCUUCCUAGACCGUUACAAGGGCAAUGUGCUUUGCAUUCAGGGAAAGAAUGAUCCACUGCAAAAGAACACCAAAAGGCCAGAAAUGUUGCAAGCUUUCUGUUCCAACGUCUGCGUGGAGUAUCUGGAUUCAGGGCACUGCCCCCAUGAUGAGCUUCCAGAAGAAGUGAACACAUUGAUCGACGAAUUCGUGAAACGGGGACUAGCUUCUUGUGACAACCAAGCUAGUUCGAAUUCUUCGGGCAUGGCCAACGCCACAGAUGAUGCGCCUGCGACGCCUGCAGAGAUCAUCAAGGAGGAAUUAAAACUGAUCAUCGAGGACCUCGAAAGUGCACGGGUCAACAAAACGAAGUGAUCCAUAGAACAUAGAGACGCCACCACAAAGUAUUCGUCGACUUUCAAUGAUUUGAUUGCCAAAACUACAAAGAGAUCUACAACUGAGACUGCAACGCAUGAUCAUUGAUUCUCAAGUAUAGAAGAGUGAUCUUGUUCGGAUAUCCUAGGCUUCAGUCAGAUUUGCGAAACAUGUUCAGCUUAACGCCCCAUAACAUGAAUAAAUACUUGUUGGAAUCAAGCAGAUUCUCCACCUUGACAAUA